AUGGCAUCAAAGUUUGCCUCUUAUGGACAAAACUAUACAUCUCUCCUUCAUGUCCUUCUGCUUCUGUCUGGUCUUCUUACUUCCUCCUCUGACCUCUCCUUUAACUUCUACGCCGGUUCUUGUCCUGUAGCAGAGUUUCUUGACAGAAACACAGUUAGAUCUGCUUCAUCCUCCGAUCCAACUAUCCCCGGAAAACUCCUCCGUCUCUUCUUCCACGACUGUUUCGUCCAGGGAAUAACACAGAGAGAGAGAAGUGAUCCCGGAAACGCGUCACUUGGAGGAUUCUCAGUCAUCGAGAAAGCUAAGAAUGCCGGCGAGAUCUUUUGUCCGGCCACUGUUUCUUGCGCUGACAUUGUUGCACUUGCUGCUCGAGACGCCAUUGAAGCUGUAACAUUUUCACCACUUUUCACUUUCAAGUUCAAGUCUUUAUAUAUUGCUCUAAUCCGGUGUAACCAAUCCAAACUAAACCGAAAAGAACAUAAACCAUUUCGGUUCUCAUAUCCGAAAUCGAAUCGAAUAAACCGAUUUGAAUGA